ACUCAGGCGUCGGCAAAAUCGGCCUCAGAAAGCGCAUUAUUCGCACUCUGGCUAGCGCUGGCGAGUGGCGAUAUCUCUGCGGCAUUUGUUUAUUUAUUAGCAGCGCUGCUGGCGGCCGAUCAGUGAAACAACAACGAACAACGGCCAGCGUUUGGAACUAACUCAAGCACUCCACUCCUCCAAGUGUUGUCGACCAGGAGGGCGGGCCAUCCAGACCAGAGAAACCGUGUCCAGGCCAGACCGGCGAACUUGAUCCUUGAUCGAUCUAUUACUUAUUGCCUUCACAUCCACCCGUAUUGCUGUACACGAUCAUUCCGAUGGACCAAGUCCCCGACGAUGUGCUCUUGAUGAUUCUUAAGAAUGUGGAUUUUGCGGACAUCCUGUCUUGUCGCCUGGCGUGCAAGAGGCUCGAGGGGCUGGCAAAACAUCACGAUGUGUGGCGUGAACGACACUUCGACUCCCGCACGGAGAGUGGCCUCGCUUCUUGUGGCGGCAACGACACGUUCUGCAGGUGGACCUGCCCCGUGCUCCGGCAGGCUCCGGUGCUGGAGAGCUUGUUGGUCGCCACUCCAGCGCUGGAGUGCAGCCUGCUAUUCACCACUCGGUGUGCCGUUCACGAGCUGCAGAUCGAGGUGCGGCCGGGCGGGUCCCUGCACGCGGCCCUGGCGAUCCGCCACCAAGAGGCCCUCGGCCGGCUGAGGCAUCUCUCUCUCAGCUUUGACCGACCUGACGCCGGAGCCGACGCCUCCAUCCUCUUUGAGACUUUGGCGGCCACCUCGGGGUUGGAGACCCUGGAGAUCUCCGGGUACCCGACGUGCCUGCCGUCUGCUCUCAGCCCGCACGACUGCACCGUGCCCAGGUCCGCCCUGAGGAGCUUCAGCUGGAAUGUGGCCGCCCAGGAGACGGCCCCGCACUACAACCUCGUCCUGGCCAGGCACGCCACCACACUGGAGGAGGUGGGACUCACCUCCUACUGCGCGCUCGGGGCCGUGUUCGCCAGCUCGCCGUCGACGGCCCCCCUCCUCGCCGGCACCGCCAACCUCCGCAUCCUGAGCUGCCCGCUGCUGCCGGGGCUGCCUGCCGUGGCGGGGUGCAAGUCCCUGCGGGAGGUGAAGCUCUACGUGAUGCCCCAGACGCAGCCCGACCUGCACGGGGCCCGCGAGUUCCUCCGCAGCGCCGACCAGCUCAACAAAGUCACCCUGCAGUACGUGAGGGCCGUCAGCGCCGACGAGGAGGCUGCGCAUCUGGUCACUGCUCUGGCCUCGUCUGGACUCUCUAAACUCGAGUGUUUGAUAAUAUGCAAUGAAGCUGCUGGUGGUGGAGGAACGGCUUCCGACUUUCCCCAACUGCUGCCGUUGCUGAGCGCGCUGCCCUCCCUGAGUGCCCUGCGUGAUCUGGAGGUCAACACCAUGAUCCCAGAUCUGCUGCUCGGCAUCACACCCACCACAGCACCAGCGCUGCGUAGCCUCAAGCUUCGAGUGUUUAAAUUUGAUAGCCUACCCUGCAUCCACUCUUGGACUCAUACCGAUGUGAUCAGGAGCCUCCUAUUGGCGAACCCGUCGCUAGAGCUCCAUCUGCUUUGCCGGCCUAAGUAUUGUCCUAUUAUAAAACCUUGUGUGUUGUGUUCCAUGGGCUGCCAGCAUCGCCUGUGGACCAGUAAAGACAUUAGUACAGAGGAACUAGUGGACGUUAUCUGGGUGGUCGUUAGUCAGAAGCAUAUCGACCAUUG